AUCAAUUCCCUCCUUGUACAAUCUCACACAUCAACAAUGUCUGUUGCAGGAUAUUCAGACCCUGACAGAAUGUUCAACAGGUCGUUCCACCGUAGGAACGACUCCAGCGAGCUCGACGUGUUCGAGGCUGCACGGUAUUUCUCGGGGUACAACGAUGCGGGUAGCGGCGGCUACUACAAUUGCGCGACGUACAGUGAGAGGAUCAUGCGGGACGAGAGGCAGCAGCAGCAACCGUGUAGGGGAGGUAGGGUCAGCUUGGAUGUGCAUGUGCCAAUGAGACAUCACCCCAUUGUUCAACCGGCACAUGUGGUGGAGAAACAGAUCAUCAAGGAGAAGAAACACAAGCAACCGAGCUCCCCUGGUGGUAAACUCGCUAGCUUCUUGAACUCUCUUUUCAACCAGACGAGCUCGAAAAAGAAGAAAUCGAAAUCGACCACGCAGCCCAUGAAAGAUGAAGAAGAGAGUCCCGGUGGAAGGAGGAAAAGACGGAUCAGCAUUAGCCAUUUCCGUAGCUCGAGCACGGCGGAUACCAAGUCGAUGUACUCGUCUUCGAAUUCGGGUUUCAGGACACUGCCGCCCUACGUGCACACGCCCGCCAAAAGCUACAAGGACUUGAAAAGCUGUCUAGAUCAUAAACAGCAGGCAACAUCAUCUAUGUCAAAGAACAACACAACAGCUUUACAAAAUGAUGCAACGGACUAUUCUUGGUUAGAUGAGAAACUCAAGUUAAUCGAUGACUAUUCGGAAAACAACACUAGGAAUCAAUCCGAUCGAUAUCAAACAGAGAAGGAUUACAGAAAGUCCCGCGAGGUCGAUGACGGUGCGGAUAGCGAUUCCAGUUCUGAUCUGUUCGAGUUACAGAACUAUGAUCUAGGCAUCUACUCAAGUGGUUUACCUGUGUAUGAAACAACACAUAUGGACAGCAUCAAAAGGGGAGCACCAAUUUCCAAUGGUGCACUAUGAGAUGGGUUCCAUUUGUUUCCAUUGCCAUUGGAGGACACUAGAUUCUGCUUUGUCUUUUUUCUCUUAUUGCUAGCUUCUUUGAAAGUUCUUUGAAUGCUUUUUUGUUAUUUCCUCUGUAUGUACAGUUUGGAAUGUUUGUUUGUCUUCA